AUGCUCCUGGCUCUUUUGUGCUGCCUGCUGUGGGGUUCCCAGAUAUGUGCAGGCCAUUUCCCUCGAGCCUGUGCCUCCUCUGAGAGCCUGAUGCAGAAGAAAUGCUGCCCACCCUGGAGAGGUGAUGGAAGUCCCUGUGGCCAGCUUUCGGGCAGAGGCUCUUGUCAGGAUGUUCUUAUAUCUAAUGCACCACUGGGGCCUCAAUUCCCCUUCACAGGUGUGGACGACCGGGAAUCUUGGCCUUCUGUCUUUUACAAUAGGACUUGUCAGUGCUCUGGCAACUUCAUGGGAUUCAACUGUGGAAAUUGCAAGUUUGGAUUCAGGGGACCAAAUUGCACAGAAAAGCAACUCUUGGUGAGAAGAAACAUCUUUGAUUUGAGUGUCCCAGAGAAGGACAGAUUUCUUGCCUACCUCACUUUAGCAAAGAGUACUAUCAGCAAAGACUAUGUCAUCCCCACAGGCACCUACGGCCAAAUGAAUAAUGGAUCAACACCCAUGUUUAGUGAUGUCAACAUUUAUGACCUCUUUGUCUGGAUGCAUUACUAUGUGUCAAGGGACACACUGCUUGGAGGAUCUGAAAUCUGGAGAGACAUUGAUUUUGCUCAUGAAGCACCAGGUUUUCUGCCUUGGCAUAGACUUUUCUUGUUAUUGUGGGAACAAGAAAUUCGGGAGCUGACAGGGGAUGAGAACUUCACUAUUCCAUACUGGGACUGGCGAGAUGCAGAAAGCUGUGAUAUUUGCACUGAUGAGUACAUGGGAGGGCGCCACCCUGCAAACCCUAACCUACUCAGCCCAGGAUCCUUCUUCUCCUCUUGGCAGAUUAUCUGUAGUCGCCUGGAGGAGUACAACAGACGUCAAACUUUAUGUGAUGGAACCCCUGAAGGACCUUUACUUCGUAAUCCUGGCAACCAUGACAAAACCAGGACCCCGAGGCUCCCGUCCUCAGAUGAUGUGGAACUUUGCCUAAGACUGACCCAGUAUGAAUCUGACUCCAUGGAUAGAACUGCCAAUUUCAGCUUUAGAAAUACACUGGAAGGAUUUGCUAGUCCACUUACUGGGAUAGCUGAUGCCUCUCAAAGCAGCAUGCACAAUGCGUUGCACAUCUAUAUGAAUGGAACCAUGUCACAGGUGCAGGGAUCAGCCAAUGAUCCCAUUUUUCUUCUUCAUCAUGCAUUUGUUGACAGUAUUUUUGAACAGUGGCUCCGAAGGCACCGCCCUCUUCAGGAAGUAUACCCAGAAGCCAAUGCACCCAUUGGACAUAAUCGGGGAUCCUACAUGGUUCCUUUCAUUCCUCUCUACAGAAAUGGUGACUUUUUUAUUUCAUCCAGAGAUCUGGGCUAUGAAUACAGCUACCUACAAGAUUCAGGUCCAGGCUUUUUUCAAAACUACAUUGCGCCCUAUUUGGAACAAGCCAGGCAGAUCUGGCCGUGGCUCCUGGGGGCAGCUCUGGUAGGGGCUGUCCUUGCUGCCAUGCUGGCAGGGCUCAUCUGCCUUCUGGGUCGUCACAAGAGAAAGCAGCUUCCUGAGGAAAAGCAGCCACUUCUCAUGGAAAAGGAGGAUUACCACAGCCUGUUGUAUCAGAGUCACUUAUAA